AUGAGAAGGCAUGACCGUGAUGUUCGUGAUGGCCAUGGUGUUCUUCGUGAUGACCAUGAUGUUCUUCGUGAUGACCAUGGUGUUCCUCAUGAUGACCAUAAUGUUCCUCACGGUGCUCAUGGUGUUGUUGCUCAUGGUGUUCAUGUUUGUGUUCCUCGUGAUGGACUGGAGCGUGCUUGUUUUCAUGGGCUUGAUGUAGAACAAUACUCUGCGACGAAUAAGCGUGACCGUGAUCAUGGCCGUGGUGGUGAUGAUUUUGGCCAGCGACUGCUGCAGCUGCCACAGUGA